UUCUGCUCUGCUCCGCUGGGUGUCGCACGUCACGGCGUGUGCCUCACAUCCAAACUCACGAGUAAACGCACCACGUGUUCCUCCACGAGCGCGUACGGCAUGGCGAACUGGACGCAAGAGGACGGAGCGACAAAACCAGUGACAAACCCCACAAAUGUGUCCAGCGCUCUACAAAUCCACGGCGGAGACGCUCCCGCGGUCCCGUGUCUGAUUCCGUCGUUCGCGGACGCGGUGACGCUGCUGAGUUCGUAGUACUCGUGUCUCGUGCUAGACACGCACCGGAGGCACGUCCUGCUGCCUCCCGUUUACCUGCGCAAGAAACGCACCGGGAUACAGGAGGAAUUCGACUCGGAGUUGCUCAAAUACUCCCGCAGUCUGAAAGGUGUUCCUAUGGCGUACGACGAUAUCAUGAUCAUAGGACAGCAUGGAGACAUUUAUGACGAUCAAGGAUUUAUCCACCUCAACGUUGAAGCAUCGUUUGUGGUCUUCAAGCCGAAGAAGGAAUCAAAGCUUGUGGGUGUCAUUAAUAAAAUUGCAGUGGGUCACGUGGGCUGUCUGGUCCACGGCUGCUUUAACGCAUGUGUGGUGAAGCCCAGUCAGCUGACCUCAGAGCAGUGGAGGGAUUGUGGGCUGCGUGCUGGAGAGAGUGUGGAGUUUGAGGUUUUUCAGCUGGAUUCUGAUUGUGCAGGUGUUCUGCUCAUCAGAGGACGGCUGGAGAAAUCCAGGGUGCAAGAGCUUUUAGCUCAAGCAGAGCAAACGAAAGCCUCUGUGAACCUACCAGCAGAACCUGAAAACACGGAAGAUACAACUGACAGUCCAAAACCCAAGAAGAAAAAGAAGAAAGAUAAGCGUGAGAAACAGGCCACUUCUGAAGAUUCUGUAGAUGACAGCAGCCUGUCGCUGACAUGUGACGACCGUGAACCGAAUGUGGACGAGACAGAGUUGGAUUUAAACUCUAGUAAACCGCACAAAAAGAAAAAGAAAGAUAAGCGUGAGAAACAGGCCACUUCUGAAGAUUCUGUAGAUGACAGCAGCCUGUCGCUGACAUGUGAGAAUCACGAACCCGACGUGGACGGGACGGAGGUGGACUCUAAUUCUAACGAUCUGCACAAAAAGAGAAAGAAGAAAGAUAAGAGAAAAGCUUCGGAUGAGGCGUCGCCUUCUUCAGACUAUUUGAUUGAUAAGACCAGCAGAAAGAGACCGGCGGCAGACCAGAUAGAGGACCGUUCUGAAACCACUCGUUUAAAAAAAAAUAAAAAUGGACUAUAAAGAAUGAUCUGAUGAUUGUCUCUGAAAUCCCCUAGAAAUUAUGUGUGAUGAAUAUCUACACAAUAAAGUUUAUAUUCAACAGAUGUUAGGAAGAUUUGUGUUUAUUUAGUUUGACCUGAAGAUAGGGAUGU